AAGUGCUUCCAGAAACUCGAAAGUGCUUCCAGAAAGUCGAAAGUGCUUCCAGAAACUCGAAAGUGUUCCCAGAAACUCGAAAGUGCUUCCAGAAAGUCGAAAGUGCUUCCAGAAACUCGAAAGUGCUUCCAGAAACUCGAAAGUGCUUCCAGAAACUCGAAAGUGCUCCCAGAAACUCGAAAGUGCUUCCAGAAAGUCGAGAGUGCUUCCAGAAAGUCGAAAGUGCUUCCAGAAAGUCGAAAGUGCUUCCAGAAACUCGAAAGUGCUUCCAGAAAGUCGAAAGUGCUUCCAGAAACUCGAAAGUGCUUCCAGAAACUCGAAAGUGCUUCCAGGAAGUCGAGAGUGCUUCCAGAAAGUCGAAAGUGCUUCCAGAAAGUCGAAAGUGCUUCCAGAAAGUCGAGAGUGCUUCCAGAAACUCGAAAGUGCUUCCAGAAAGUCGAAAGUGCUUCCAGAAACUCGAAAGUGCUUCCAGAAACUCGAAAGUGCUUCCAGAAAGUCGGGAGUGCUUCCAGAAACUCGAAAGUGCUUCCAGAAACUCGAAAGUGCUUCCAGAAAGUCGAAAGUGCUUCCAGAAACUCGAAAGUGCUUCCAGAAAGUCGGGAGUGCUUCCAGAAACUCGAAAGUGCUUCCAGAAACUCGAAAGUGCUUCCAGAAAGUCGAAAGUGCUUCCAGAAACUCGAAAGUGCUUCCAGAAAGUCGGGAGUGCUUCCAGAAACUCGAAAGUGCUUCCAGAAACUCGAAAGUGCUUCCAGAAAGUCGAAAGUGCUUCCAGAAAGUCGGGAGUGCUUCCAGAAAGUCGAAAGUGCUUCCAGGAAGUCGAAAGUGCUUCCAGAAACUCGAAAGUGCUUCCAGAAACUCGAAAGUGCUUCCAGAAAGUCGGGAGUGCUUCCAGAAACUCGAAAGUGCUUCCAGAAAGUCGAAAGUGCUUCCAGAAAGUCGAAAGUGCUUCCAGAAACUCGAAAGUGCUUCCAGAAAGUCGAAAGUGCUUCCAGAAAGUCGAAAGUGCUUCCAGAAACUCGAAAGUGCUUCCAGAAACUCGAAAGUGCUUCCAGAAAGUCGAAAGUGCUUCCAGAAAGUCGAAAGUGCUUCCAGAAACUCGAAAGUGCUUCCAGAAAGUCGGGAGUGCUUCCAGAAAGUCGAGAGUGCUUCCAGAAACUCGAAAGUGCUUCCAGAAACUCGAAAGUGCUUCCAGAAAGUCGAAAGUGCUUCCAGAAAGUCGAAAGUGCUUCCAGAAAGUCGGGAGUGCUUCCAGAAACUCGAAAGUGCUUCCAGAAACUCGAAAGUGCUUCCAGAAAGUCGAAAGUGCUUCCAGAAACUCGAAAGUGCUUCCAGAAAGUCGAAAGUGCUUCCAGAAAGUCGAAAGUGCUUCCAGAAAGUCGAAAGUGCUUCCAGAAACUCGAAAGUGCUUCCAGAAACUCGAAAGUGCUUCCAGAAAGUCGAAAGUGCUUCCAGAAAGUCGGAAGUGCUUC